GCCCUGCCUCACUCCAGUGUGGACUGCUCUGAGCGUGGAUGCUGCAGAAAUCACUCUCUUACGCGCGCCGCUCGUUCGCUCACUCACUCACUCUACUCUCUCUCUCUCUGGUCCUGCGACUCUUGCCUCCUUCCCUGCUGUGACUGACUGAGUGGAGGCAGUUUGAGGAAGAGGCUGCAGCGCUAGCCACUCCAGAACAGGCAAGAGCUCAUCAGCAGCCAGGGCCGCUGCACUGUCGAAUACCUGUCCGAGGACAGGACCCCUCUCCCUCCCAGGACCCCAGUGGACUGACAACAUGUGCGACUGUUUGCACCUGGCCUUCCCCAACUGGCACGGCUCGCCGGGCAUGGGGGCCGGACGAAGGCUGAAGGGACCAGAGCCUGACACGGUGGAUGAUUCAAUAUGUGAAGAGCCAUCUGAAUUUAUAGAGGGGGAGAGACCUCGCCCACAAGGAUCCUCCCCUGUAGAUGAAUACCCUGAGACUGACAAAUACACUGACAUUGAUAAACAGGGUGGAGGUGGGAGUGGCAAGAAAGGAAAGAGGGGUUUUGGGUCCCUUUUUGAAAAGCGCUCCCCUGCCAAGAUGAGUCAACUGGAGAACUCAGAGUCGGGAGUGAUUGUGAGAAUGGCAAAAGAGACAUGUGCCGAGGGUCUUGUUUUGAGCGGAGGAGGGAAGGAGGGCAUCUUCAUUAAGGAAGUGAGGCCAGAGUCCCCAGCCUCAAAGCUUCUUAGUGUACAUGAGGGUGAUCAGAUACUCAGUGCCACAGUGUAUUUUGACAAUGUUAAAUAUGAAGAUGCCCUUCAGAUAUUGGAACAUGCACAGCCUUACAAGAUGGAGUUACUUCUGAAACGCAAACCAAUAAAGAUAUCCACCCUUGAGAGUGAACCAGCCCUUGAAUUUACCCAAGUGGAACAAGGUUCCUCUCUGGAAAUGAGGGAACAUUCAAAGAAAAAAAGGCACGGUGACCGAAUCUCUUGGCCCUACUUCCCCUCCUUCAACAAAAGUCGAAAGUCCCAUUUUAAGAGGUCUCACAGUACCACAGAUGCAGAUGAUCAGAGGAAGCUGGAGCUGAGCCCAACAACAAGUGACACAGAGUCGCCUAUCAAAUCUCAGGAGGCUGUCAAGGGCAGGACAAAGAAGCAGAAGAUAAAGUUGUCAAGUCUAAAGAUGAAGGGCCGCAAGAGCAGAUCUGUUGAACAGUCGGACCAGGACACAGACAUACUAACUGUAGAAUGUGUGCAAGUUAUGGAAAUCCAACAGAGUCAAGAUGAACUAUACUCACCGGAUGGUCUAGAGAGCACAUCAGGAGAAACACCUCAAGUAUAUGUGUUUGAAUCAGAAUCAGAAAAAAUGGAAUCCACCAAGAUAAAAAAUGAAUGCUCUCUUCCAGACCUGACAUGCUCGGAAACCAAACAGCACAAGGUAGAACUCAUCAGACUGGACAAAACUUUGAAAACCACAGACAUAACAGUUGCUUUUUCUGAUCAAGAAAGUUCCUUAACCAAGAAAUCUCUGGAGGAAAAGAAAAAGAAGAAAGAGAAGAAAGAGAGGUCAGAACUAAAGUUUAGGAUCAAGGGAAAGGAGAAAAAAGACAAACAGAAGCAAGACAUACAUGUAAAAUCAUCCCCAAAAAGCAUGAAGAUACCAGGAGCAGAUAUCAUAACAUCUGAUCUGUCUGCACAUGACAAUACCUUGAUGAUUCCAACUAUAGUAUCACAUACUAAGCUGGGGGAGCAUCAACUCCCAAUUGACAUGUCAGAUGUAGGACUUAUCAGGAAAUCCCCUCAGAUUGGACAAGAACGAGACUUGAAAGAAACAUAUGUUAAAACAAAUUUAAAUGCACAGGAAAUGCAUGCUAAGGUCACCAGUAUUACAAUGGAACCUGACUUGCAGAUGGAAAUACAGGCUUUAAAGUUACCUACAGAGACAAGCAUUGAUGACGUUUUAGUACAAAUUGGUAAAAGGACUGCUACCAAGUUCAAGCUGCCAAGGGUGGACCUUGCUGACUUUGUUACUGACGAACCUAUAAAAAUGACAGACGUGAAGAUUGUAAAAAUGGCUGUGAAAAGCCUUAAAAUUGAGGAUAAGGGGUUGAAGAUACUUCCAAACCGUGAUGAUAUUGAGAUCCCAGGCAUGGAAGAUGCAUCAUCAACUGGCACCAAAACCCCAGUGAUCAAACAGCCUAAAACAGCAUUCACUCUUCCUGUUGAAGAAAUUCAGGCGCAGACUGUUCAGAUGGUUAUAGACGUUGACAGAGUUAAAGUGGCUGUCUCCAAAUUGCCAGGGUUCAAGCUGCCGAAGGGUGACACUGUAGGACUGCCUGCUCAUCAAGAAAUCACAAAGAAAGAUGUGAAUGCAGAAAGAGUAAAUGUGACAGUAGAUACCGCCCUGUCUAAAAUCACAGACAUAAAGGCACAGAUGGACACGUAUGUCAAAAAGACUGACAUAAAUGCUUCACCUGAAAAGUUGAGCAGGAGCUCAGUUACCACAAUCAAAUUGCCAAAGAACCAACUUUCUGAUCUAGGUGCUCAUGAACCUAUUACUAUGACAGAAAUAUACCAUAAAAAAAGAAAAGAUGAAGCUGGAAGGACCAAUGAGGUUGAAAUCCAAAUUGAACUCCAUAAACGAGAGGACGUAGAGAUACCUGGAAUGGAAAAUAUAAUUCAAAAAGGAUCUCCCAACCAAGUGGAAAGGGUAAAAGAGUUGGCAGUACCAGUACCUGAGUGGCCAACCAUCAAAGCUGAGGAGUCAAAUGUUAUUCCUUACACUAAAGGAUUAGAUAAGAAGUCAAAGAAAGCAAAGAUGUCAAUGCCUGCUCCAAAUGUUGCCGUAGAUGUACCUAAUGUGGAAAAGGACAUUAAGGUUCAAGGAACUGAAAUACCAGAACCAAAACUGACAAUGUCACAAAUUAAAAUUGAAAAGCCAAGUGUUGAUAUUAAAGGUCCAUCUAUAGAUGUGGAUGUCAAUCUUAAAAAACUUGAAAUGUUCACUUUACCAGAAUUCAAAGUGCAGGUCCAACCACCUAGCGUUAAACUCAAAGUGCCUUCUAGUGAAGUUGAAAUGCCUGAGGGAGCUGCUACAGAAAUGGAUGUAAAAAUGAAAAAGCCCAGGAUGUCAUUUGGAUGGUUUUCAAAACCAGAAGCGAAAGCACCUGAGGUUGAUAUCAGUCUUACAAACGUGGAUAUUUCGCUUCCAGAAGGAAAGGUGGAGGUCAAAGAGCCAGACAUGGAAAUGAAAUCUCCAGAAGUUCAAAUUGAAAUGAAACAUGAUAUUGAGCUUGAGGGACAAGGAAGUCAAUUUAAAUUACCAAAAUUUGGACUCUCAUUACCAAGAGGUAAAGGUCCUGAAAUUGUCUUAAGUCUGUCAAAGACAGAUGUAGAUGUCGACUUACCAGAGGGAAGAGCAGACCUCCAAAUACCUGAUGUGGAAGUCGGAGUGCCCUCUGUUGAAGUCCAAAUACCAGAAGCAGGUUCUAAAGAUAUUGAUGUGAAAAUGAGAAAGCCAAGAAUGUCAUUCCCCAAAUUUGGAUUUUCAAAACCUGAAGUGAAAGCACCAGAGGUUGAUAUCAGUCUUCCAGAGGUGGAUAUUUCUCUUCCAGAGGGAAAUGUGGAGGUCAAAGAGCCAGAGGUGGAAAUGAAAACUUCAGAGAUUCAAGUUGAUGUGAAAGAUACCGUAGGCUCCCCCUCAAGAUUCAAAAUGCCAACUUUAAAAUUCCCUAAAUUUGGAGCACCUUCUCCAAAUGUCACAAUGGAGGUACCUGAUUUGGACAAGGACAUCAAGGUUCAUGGAACUGAAAUACCUGAACCCAAGCUGACAAUAUCAGCAAUUAACAUCGAAAAGCCAAAUAUUGACCUUAAAGGUCCAUCUAUAGAUAUCAAUCGUAAAAAAAUUGAAAAUGUCACUUUACCAGAGGUCAAGAUGAACGUCCAACCACCUAGCAUUGAACUCAAAGUGCCUUCUAGUGAAGUUGAAAUGCCUGAGGGAGCUGCUACAGAAAUGGAUGUAAAAAUGAAAAAGCCCAGGAUGUCAUUUGGAUGGUUUUCAAAACCAGAAGCGAAAGCACCUGAGGUUGAUAUCAGUCUUACAAACGUGGAUAUUUCGCUUCCAGAAGGAAAGGUGGAGGUCAAAGAGCCAGACAUGGAAAUGAAAUCUCCAGAAGUUCAAAUUGAAAUGAAACAUGAUAUUGAGCUUGAGGGACAAGGAAGUAAAUUUAAAUUACCAAAAUUUGGACUCUCAUUACCAAGAGGUAAAGGUCCUGAAAUUGGCUUAAGUCUGUCAAAGACAGAUGUAGAUGUCGACUUACCAGAGGGAAGAGCAGACCUCCAAAUACCUGAUGUGGAAGUCGGAGUGCCCUCUGUUGAAGUCCAAAUACCAGAAGCAGGUUCUAAAGAUAUUGAUGUGAAAAUGAGAAAGCCAAGAAUGUCAUUCCCCAAAUUUGGAUUUUCAAAACCUGAAGUGAAAGCACCAGAGGUUGAUAUCAGUCUUCCAGAGGUGGAUAUUUCUCUUCCAGAGGGAAAUGUGGAAGUCAAAGAGCCAGAGGUGGAAAUGAAAACUUCAGAGAUUCAAGUUGAUGUGAAAGAUACCGUAGGCUCCCCCUCAAGAUUCAAAAUGCCAACUUUAAAAUUCCCUAAAUUUGGAGCACCUUCUCCAAAUGUCACAAUGGAGGUACCUGAUUUGGACAAGGACAUCAAGGUUCAUGGAACUGAAAUACCUGAACCCAAGCUGACAAUAUCAGCAAUUAACAUCGAAAAGCCAAAUAUUGACCUUAAAGGUCCAUCUAUAGAUAUCAAUCGUAAAAAAAUUGAAAAUGUCACUUUACCAGAGGUCAAGAUGAACGUCCAACCACCUAGCAUUGAACUCAAAGUGCCUUCUAGUGAAGUUGAAAUGCCUGAGGGAGCUGCUACAGAAAUGGAUGUAAAAAUGAAAAAGCCCAGGAUGUCAUUUGGAUGGUUUUCAAAACCAGAAGCGAAAGCACCUGAGGUUGAUAUCAGUCUUACAAACGUGGAUAUUUCGCUUCCAGAAGGAAAGGUGGAGGUCAAAGAGCCAGACAUGGAAAUGAAAUCUCCAGAAGUUCAAAUUGAAAUGAAACAUGAUAUUGAGCUUGAGGGACAAGGAAGUCAAUUUAAAUUACCAAAAUUUGGACUCUCAUUACCAAGAGGUAAAGGUCCUGCAGUUGGCUUAAGUCUGUCAAAGACAGAUGUAGAUGUCGACUUACCAGAGGGAAAAGCAGACCUCCAACUACCUGAUGUGGAAGUCGGAGUGCCCUCUGUUGAAGUUCAAAUACCAGAAGCAGGUUCUAAAGAUAUUGAUGUGAAAAUGAGAAAGCCAAGAAUGUCAUUCCCCAAAUUUGGAUUUUCAAAACCUGAAGUGAAAGCACCAGAGGUUGAUAUCAGUCUUCCAGAGGUGGAUAUUUCUCUUCCAGAGGGAAAUGUGGAGGUCAAAGAGCCAGAGGUGGAAAUUAAAACUUCAGAGAUUCAAGUUGAUGUGAAAGAUACCGUAGGCUCCCCCUCAAGAUUCAAAAUGCCAACUUUAAAAUUCCCUAAAUUUGGAGCACCUUCUCCAAAUGUCACAAUGGAGGUACCUGAUUUGGACAAGGACAUCAAGGUUCAUGGAACUGAAAUACCUGAACCCAAGCUGACAAUAUCAGCAAUUAACAUCGAAAAGCCAAAUGUUGACCUUAAAGGUCCAUCUAUAGAUAUCAAUCGUAAAAAAAUUGAAAAUGUCACUUUACCAGAGGUCAAGAUGAACGUCCAACCACCUAGCAUUGAACUCAAAGUGCCUUCUAGUGAAGUUGAAAUGCCUGAGGGAGCUGCUACAGAAAUGGAUGUAAAAAUGAAAAAGCCCAGGAUGUCAUUUGGAUGGUUUUCAAAACCAGAAGCGAAAGCACCUGAGGUUGAUAUCAGUCUUACAAACGUGGAUAUUUCGCUUCCAGAAGGAAAGGUGGAGGUCAAAGAGCCAGACAUGGAAAUGAAAUCUCCAGAAGUUCAAAUUGAAAUGAAACAUGAUAUUGAGCUUGAGGGACAAGGAAGUCAAUUUAAAUUACCAAAAUUUGGACUCUCAUUACCAAGAGGUAAAGGUCCUGAAAUUGGCUUAAGUCUGUCAAAGACAGAUGUAGAUGUCGACUUACCAGAGGGAAAAGCAGACCUCCAACUACCUGAUGUGGAAGUCGGAGUGCCCUCUGUUGAAGUCCAAAUACCAGAAGCAGGUUCUAAAGAUAUUGAUGUGAAAAUGAGAAAGCCAAGAAUGUCAUUCCCCAAAUUUGGAUUUUCAAAACCUGAAGUGAAAGCACCAGAGGUUGAUAUCAGUCUUCCAGAGGUGGAUAUUUCUCUUCCAGAGGGAAAUGUGGAGGUCAAAGAGCCAGAGGUGGAAAUGAAAACUUCAGAGAUUCAAGUUGAUGUGAAAGAUACCGUAGGCUCCCCCUCAAGAUUCAAAAUGCCAACUUUAAAAUUCCCUAAAUUUGGAGCACCUUCUCCAAAUGUCACAAUGGAGGUACCUGAUUUGGACAAGGACAUCAAGGUUCAUGGAACUGAAAUACCUGAACCCAAGCUGACAAUAUCAGCAAUUAACAUCGAAAAGCCAAAUAUUGACCUUAAAGGUCCAUCUAUAGAUAUCAAUCGUAAAAAAAUUGAAAAUGUCACUUUACCAGAGGUCAAGAUGAACGUCCAACCACCUAGCAUUGAACUCAAAGUGCCUUCUAGUGAAGUUGAAAUGCCUGAGGGAGCUGCUACAGAAAUGGAUGUAAAAAUGAAAAAGCCCAGGAUGUCAUUUGGAUGGUUUUCAAAACCAGAAGCGAAAGCACCUGAGGUUGAUAUCAGUCUUACAAACGUGGAUAUUUCGCUUCCAGAAGGAAAGGUGGAGGUCAAAGAGCCAGACAUGGAAAUGAAAUCUCCAGAAGUUCAAAUUGAAAUGAAACAUGAUAUUGAGCUUGAGGGACAAGGAAGUCAAUUUAAAUUACCAAAAUUUGGACUCUCAUUACCAAGAGGUAAAGGUCCUGCAGUUGGCUUAAGUCUGUCAAAGACAGAUGUAGAUGUCGACUUACCAGAGGGAAAAGCAGACCUCCAACUACCUGAUGUGGAAGUCGGAGUGCCCUCUGUUGAAGUCCAAAUACCAGAAGCAGGUUCUAAAGAUAUUGAUGUGAAAAUGAGAAAGCCAAGAAUGUCAUUCCCCAAAUUUGGAUUUUCAAAACCUGAAGUGAAAGCACCAGAGGUUGAUAUCAGUCUUCCAGAGGUGGAUAUUUCUCUUCCAGAGGGAAAUGUGGAGGUCAAAGAGCCAGAGGUGGAAAUGAAAACUUCAGAGAUUCAAGUUGAUGUGAAAGAUACCGUAGGCUCCCCCUCAAGAUUCAAAAUGCCAACUUUAAAAUUCCCUAAAUUUGGAGCACCUUCUCCAAAUGUCACAAUGGAGGUACCUGAUUUGGACAAGGACAUCAAGGUUCAUGGAACUGAAAUACCUGAACCCAAGCUGACAAUAUCAGCAAUUAACAUCGAAAAGCCAAAUAUUGACCUUAAAGGUCCAUCUAUAGAUAUCAAUCGUAAAAAAAUUGAAAAUGUCACUUUACCAGAGGUCAAGAUGAACGUCCAACCACCUAGCAUUGAACUCAAAGUGCCUUCUAGUGAAGUUGAAAUGCCUGAGGGAGCUGCUACAGAAAUGGAUGUAAAAAUGAAAAAGCCCAGGAUGUCAUUUGGAUGGUUUUCAAAACCAGAAGCGAAAGCACCUGAGGUUGAUAUCAGUCUUACAAACGUGGAUAUUUCGCUUCCAGAAGGAAAGGUGGAGGUCAAAGAGCCAGACAUGGAAAUGAAAUCUCCAGAAGUUCAAAUUGAAAUGAAACAUGAUAUUGAGCUUGAGGGACAAGGAAGUCAAUUUAAAUUACCAAAAUUUGGACUCUCAUUACCAAGAGGUAAAGGUCCUGCAGUUGGCUUAAGUCUGUCAAAGACAGAUGUAGAUGUCGACUUACCAGAGGGAAAAGCAGACCUCCAACUACCUGAUGUGGAAGUCGGAGUGCCCUCUGUUGAAGUUCAAAUACCAGAAGCAGGUUCUAAAGAUAUUGAUGUGAAAAUGAGAAAGCCAAGAAUGUCAUUCCCCAAAUUUGGAUUUUCAAAACCUGAAGUGAAAGCACCAGAGGUUGAUAUCAGUCUUCCAGAGGUGGAUAUUUCUCUUCCAGAGGGAAAUGUGGAGGUCAAAGAGCCAGAGGUGGAAAUUAAAACUUCAGAGAUUCAAGUUGAUGUGAAAGAUACCGUAGGCUCCCCCUCAAGAUUCAAAAUGCCAACUUUAAAAUUCCCUAAAUUUGGAGCACCUUCUCCAAAUGUCACAAUGGAGGUACCUGAUUUGGACAAGGACAUCAAGGUUCAUGGAACUGAAAUACCUGAACCCAAGCUGACAAUAUCAGCAAUUAACAUCGAAAAGCCAAAUGUUGACCUUAAAGGUCCAUCUAUAGAUAUCAAUCGUAAAAAAAUUGAAAAUGUCACUUUACCAGAGGUCAAGAUGAACGUCCAACCACCUAGCAUUGAACUCAAAGUGCCUUCUAGUGAAGUUGAAAUGCCUGAGGGAGCUGCUACAGAAAUGGAUGUAAAAAUGAAAAAGCCCAGGAUGUCAUUUGGAUGGUUUUCAAAACCAGAAGCGAAAGCACCUGAGGUUGAUAUCAGUCUUACAAACGUGGAUAUUUCGCUUCCAGAAGGAAAGGUGGAGGUCAAAGAGCCAGACAUGGAAAUGAAAUCUCCAGAAGUUCAAAUUGAAAUGAAACAUGAUAUUGAGCUUGAGGGACAAGGAAGUCAAUUUAAAUUACCAAAAUUUGGACUCUCAUUACCAAGAGGUAAAGGUCCUGAAAUUGGCUUAAGUCUGUCAAAGACAGAUGUAGAUGUCGACUUACCAGAGGGAAAAGCAGACCUCCAACUACCUGAUGUGGAAGUCGGAGUGCCCUCUGUUGAAGUCCAAAUACCAGAAGCAGGUUCUAAAGAUAUUGAUGUGAAAAUGAGAAAGCCAAGAAUGUCAUUCCCCAAAUUUGGAUUUUCAAAACCUGAAGUGAAAGCACCAGAGGUUGAUAUCAGUCUUCCAGAGGUGGAUAUUUCUCUUCCAGAGGGAAAUGUGGAGGUCAAAGAGCCAGAGGUGGAAAUGAAAACUUCAGAGAUUCAAGUUGAUGUGAAAGAUACCGUAGGCUCCCCCUCAAGAUUCAAAAUGCCAACUUUAAAAUUCCCUAAAUUUGGAGCACCUUCUCCAAAUGUCACAAUGGAGGUACCUGAUUUGGACAAGGAUAUCAAGGUUCAUGGAACUGAAAUACCUGAACCCAAGCUGACAAUAUCAGCAAUUAACAUCGAAAAGCCAAAUAUUGACCUUAAAGGUCCAUCUAUAGAUAUCAAUCGUAAAAAAAUUGAAAAUGUCACUUUACCAGAGGUCAAGAUGAACGUCCAACCACCUAGCAUUGAACUCAAAGUGCCUUCUAGUGAAGUUGAAAUGCCUGAGGGAGCUGCUACAGAAAUGGAUGUAAAAAUGAAAAAGCCCAGGAUGUCAUUUGGAUGGUUUUCAAAACCAGAAGCGAAAGCACUUGAGGUUGAUAUCAGUCUUACAAACGUGGAUAUUUCACUUCCAGAAGGAAAGGUGGAGGUCAAAGAGCCAGACAUGGAAAUUAAAUCUCCAGAAGUUCAAAUUGAAAUGAAACAUGAUAUUGAGCUUGAGGGACAAGGAAGUCAAUUUAAAUUACCAAAAUUUGGACUCUCAUUACCAAGAGGUAAAGGUCCUGCAGUUGGCUUAAGUCUGUCAAAGACAGAUGUAGAUGUCGACUUACCAGAGGGAAAAGCAGACCUCCAACUACCUGAUGUGGAAGUCGGAGUGCCCUCUGUUGAAGUUCAAAUACCAGAAGCAGGUUCUAAAGAUAUUGAUGUGAAAAUGAGAAAGCCAAGAAUGUCAUUCCCCAAAUUUGGAUUUUCAAAACCUGAAGUGAAAGCACCAGAGGUUGAUAUCAGUCUUCCAGAGGUGGAUAUUUCUCUACCAGAGGGAAAUGUGGAGGUCAAAGAGCCAGAGGUGGAAAUGAAAACUUCAGAGAUUCAAGUUGAUGUGAAAGAUACCGUAGGCUCCCCCUCAAGAUUCAAAAUGCCAACUUUAAAAUUCCCUAAAUUUGGAGCACCUUCUCCAAAUGUCACAAUGGAGGUACCUGAUUUGGACAAGGACAUCAAGGUUCAUGGAACUGAAAUACCUGAACCCAAGCUGACAAUAUCAGCAAUUAACAUCGAAAAGCCAAAUGUUGACGUUAAAGGUCCGUCUAUAGAUAUCAAUCGUAAAAAAAUUGAAAAUGUCACUUUACCAGAGGUCAAGAUGAACGUCCAACCACCUAGCAUUGAACUCAAAGUGCCUUCUAGUGAAGUUGAAAUGCCUGAGGGAGCUGCUACAGAAAUGGAUGUAAAAAUGAAAAAGCCCAGGAUGUCAUUUGGAUGGUUUUCAAAACCAGAAGCGAAAGCACCUGAGGUUGAUAUCAGUCUUACAAACGUGGAUAUUUCGCUUCCAGAAGGAAAGGUGGAGGUCAAAGAGCCAGACAUGGAAAUGAAAUCUCCAGAAGUUCAAAUUGAAAUGAAACAUGAUAUUGAGCUUGAGGGACAAGGAAGUCAAUUUAAAUUACCAAAAUUUGGACUCUCAUUACCAAGAGGUAAAGGUCCUGAAAUUGUCUUAAGUCUGUCAAAGACAGAUGUAGAUGUCGACUUACCAGAGGGAAAAGCAGACCUCCAACUACCUGAUGUGGAAGUCGGAGUGCCCUCUGUUGAAGUCCAAAUACCAGAAGCAGGUUCUAAAGAUAUUGAUGUGAAAAUGAGAAAGCCAAGAAUGUCAUUCCCCAAAUUUGGAUUUUCAAAACCUGAAGUGAAAGCACCAGAGGUUGAUAUCAGUCUUCCAGAGGUGGAUAUUUCUCUUCCAGAGGGAAAUGUGGAGGUCAAAGAGCCAGAGGUGGAAAUGAAAACUCCAGAGAUUCAAGUUGAUGUGAAAGAUACCGUAGGCUCCCCCUCAAGAUUCAAAAUGCCAACUUUAAAAUUCCCUAAAUUUGGAGCACCUUCUCCAAAUGUCACAAUGGAGGUACCUGAUUUGGACAAGGACAUCAAGGUUCAUGGAACUGAAAUACCUGAACCCAAGCUGACAAUAUCAGCAAUUAACAUCGAAAAGCCAAAUGUUGACCUUAAAGGUCCAUCUAUAGAUAUCAAUCGUAAAAAAAUUGAAAAUGUCACUUUACCAGAGGUCAAGAUGAACGUCCAACCACCUAGCAUUGAACUCAAAGUGCCUUCUAGUGAAGUUGAAAUGCCUGAGGGAGCUGCUACAGAAAUGGAUGUAAAAAUGAAAAAGCCCAGGAUGUCAUUUGGAUGGUUUUCAAAACCAGAAGCGAAAGCACCUGAGGUUGAUAUCAGUCUUACAAACGUGGAUAUUUCGCUUCCAGAAGGAAAUGUGGAGCUCAAAGAGCCAGAGGUGGAAAUGAAAACUUCAGAGGUUCAAGUUGAUGUGAAAGAUACCGUAGGCUCCCCCUCAAGAUUCAAAAUGCCAACUUUAAAAUUCCCUAAAUUUGGAGCACCUUCUCCAAAUGUCACAAUGGAGGUACCUGAUUUGGACAAGGAUAUCAAGGUUCAUGGAACUGAAAUACCUGAACCCAAGCUGACAAUAUCAGCAAUUAACAUCGAAAAGCCAAAUGUUGACCUUAAAGGUCCAUCUAUAGAUAUCAAUCGUAAAAAAAUUGAAAAUGUCACUUUACCAGAGGUCAAGAUGAACGUCCAACCACCUAGCAUUGAACUCAAAGUGCCUUCUAGUGAAGUUGAAAUGCCUGAGGGAGCUGCUACAGAAAUGGAUGUAAAAAUGAAAAAGCCCAGGAUGUCAUUUGGAUGGUUUUCAAAACCAGAAGCGAAAGCACUUGAGGUUGAUGUCAGUCUUACAAAGGUGGAAUUUUCUCUUCCAGAAGGAAAGGUGGUCAAAGAGUCAUAUGUAGAAAUUAAAGCUCCAGAGAGUCAAGUUGAAAUGAAAAAUGAAGGUUUUUCAGUUGAUGGAAAACUACAAACACCAGACAUAGAGGAUAAAAUAUUUGAAAUGGGGGUGAAGAAACCACUGAUAACCUUUCCAAAAAGUGUUUUUUCAAGAUCUGAAAUUACGGCUCCUGAGAUUGUUGUGAUUCCUCCAAAUGUAGACAUUUCACUCCCAGAGGGAAAAGAGUUCAAAGUGCCUGAAGUGAAAAUGAAAGCUCCAGAGAUUGAAGUUGACGUUAAAGACGCUGUUGGCUCCCCCUCAAGAUUCAAAAUGCCAACAUUCAAAUUGCCUACCUUUGGUACAACUUCAAAGGUGGCAGUAGAUGUCUCUGAUAAAGAGAAGGAUAUUGAAGUGCCUGGUGUAGAAAUUAUAGAUCAAACACUAGGAGCUUCCAUUCCAGUUGAUUUAACAGAACCCGGGGAUAGAGUUGACAUUAAAGGAUGUAGUGAACUUCAGCUACAUGUUGCUGGAUCUGAAGGGCCCUCAGUUGAAGAAGGAAUGACAAUAGCCGAUGUGGAUGUUCAUGAUGUUGACAGUUCAGAACUGACAAUUGAUGAUAAAGGCCAUGGCUUACCCAUCAAAGGUCAAGGCUCACCAAGUAAAUUCAAACUUCCGACCUUCAAAAUGCCCAAAUUGAGCAUUUCAAAAUCCAAACCUCAGAAUGAACAUGAACAUGAUGAUAUAAGUCCAAAUAUUAUUUUGGAGAAUUAUGAAAUUCAUGUGGAACCACAAAGACCAGAGAUUUCACCAAAGUUGACUUUGACAACAUUUGGGGAGGUAUUAAGAAGCAUUGAUGUUGAAUUUUAUGUCCCUGCAUUAGAGGAAGUGGAAGAAAAGCUCACCGGCUCAAGGGAAGAAAUAACAGCCUCAAGAAAAACUAAAUUAAAUGCUCAACCCAGUGCUGAAACCCAGUCUGUCCAAGAAGAGGAAGAAGUGAAAGAAAAAUCUAAAUUUGUUUGGUUUAAGUUUCCCACAUUUGGACCAUCUUCUCCUUCAGAAUAUUCUAAGAUUUUAGAAAAAGAAGCUUCUGAGAAAGAAGCAAGUGAGAAAAGCCCUGCAGGUGACUCUGUGGCACAAGACUCCAGCUUGACCUUCUCAGUGCAGUCAUCGGAUGCUUUUGCAGAUAUUAGUUCUACAGUCACAAGCGAACAAGUUGCUCCAUCAUUGGCCUCUCCAACCAAAGUCACAGUGAAAUACUCUGACCCUAUUGCCACUGAGAUACAAGGUAAUAUCAUUACCUCCACAGCAAGGACAAAAAUGAUCUCUUUUGAACCCUACUUGGCAGAGAAGGUCACCAUUCCAAUGUCCUCUGGAACUUCCUCCUCAUCAGUGGACACCCUAAAACUGGAGUCUGGUACACAUGUCAUCACAUCCAAUAUACAAGCAAUACCAGACACACAGAAAGCCACGCUCUUAACAGAUUUUGGAUUGCAGACAGGGACAGCCGGAGCUUCCUCUGCAUCUAGGUCAGUGGACGACACCAACAAAACACAGAGUGAUGGGCAAACAGUUAUUAAGAGGCAUGUAGUUAGGGAAAUGUCAGGCACUGACAAGGAAACGGUUGUCCUAACUCGAAGAGUUACACAUGUGUUUGGGGCUGAGCCCAUCUCAGAUGAAACAGCCUCAUCUAUCAAACAGAUGAAAGAAACUAUGCAUUCUGAAAAAAUGAAAUUCUUCGAUGGGGCUGAAUUGGAGUGACUUGGAGGAAUAUGAUAAAUCCCUCAAUUGAGAAGUAAUAUCAGUCAGAUUAUUAUUGUGCUCUUAAUAAUUAAUUGUGCUUUAAUUUAUGACAGAGUUUGAAUAUACACAGUUAAACGUUUUGAUUGUUUACUUAGUACACACUAUAUAUAUAUAUAUACACAAGUUUGUGUACACGCCUAUGAUACAGGUAGGGAUAUUAAUGCCAAAAUUGUCACUUUAUUGUAAUUACUACCAUUGAGACCAUUUGACUGAAUUUGCUGUUUUAACACAUAUCUGCAGGUUGUCCUGCUGUACAUAUAAUGGAGAGAAACUUGUUAAUCCACUGCCAUAUACAUUGAUAAAUUACCUCCGAUUUCUGCUCUUUAUUCCACUUCUGGGCAGCAAUGUAUAAAUAUAAGGAAUCAAUGAUUAUGACUCUGAAAAUAUGUUUACAAUUAUUUCACUGUAAAACCAUACAAAAUACUUAAUGAAUACGUAGUGAUAUAAAUACAAACCAUGCAACAUUAAUAGAACAAAAACACAGAACACUUAAGGAAGAAUUGCAAUCUGAACACUUAUUACCAUGAAAUAAAUAUAUGUUGCUAAAAUGUAAUGCUUGUAAUCAUAGUAAAAAAGAAAGAAAAAUAUAUUGAUGCAACUAUAUUUUGAUUAGAAUUAUGCAUAGAUUUAAUUUUCCAUAAUGUAUACUGUACCUAACGAAAACAUUUCUGGAUUUGUGUAUAGUAGGAAAAUAUAAAAUGCCUAUGUAUAUACUGUACUUGAUUUUGAUCACUUCUUUUGCAGAGUUACUUUGAUUGUUGCUCUUAUUCUCCACUGAUGUAAUCAAUGUAUUAGCAAAACUACACAUAAUAAAUCUUCUAAAAUAUUAAGAA